AUGUUCGCCCUAUUUUUCUUCUUCAUUGCGUUGGCUUGUGCCUACCCCAAUCGGGGUGCUUGCACGGGUGACUGCUGGACACACGACCCUUCAAUGAUCCAGCGUAAGUCUGAUGGAAAAUAUUUCCGUUUCGCAACGGGAACGGGUGUCAACACUAUGACGAGUCCUUCUGUGAAGGGUCCCUGGACGGACGUCGGCUCUGCUUUGCCCAAUGGUUCUAGCAUCACGGUCUCCGGCGUGAGCAGCUCCGACAUUUGGGCCCCUGACGUGCACUACCAAAACAACCAGUACUACAUGUACUAUGUUCUCUCUCAGAUUGGCACUCAAAACUCAGAAAUUGGCGUAGCCACCUCGAAGACCAUGGAACCUGGCUCCUGGACCGACCACGGCUCCGUCGGCAUUCCGGCCAACAGCGAGUACAACCGCAUCGACCCUAACUGGAUUGAAAUCGACGGCAAGAACUACCUUAACUUUGGCUCCUUUUGGCAAGAUAUCCACCAGAUUGAGAUGGAGACUCCUCUCAAGGUCGGCUCUUCCGCUGCCUACCAACUGUCCUACAACGCAACCCUCAACCACCGCGAAGAGGGCUCUUUCAUGUUCAAGAACGGCGACUUCUACUACCUCCUCUACUCUGAUGGUAUCGCGGGCCGAUAUACCGCUACCUAUCCCGCCCAGGGCGAGGAAUAUCACAUCAUGGUCUGCCGCUCUACUACUGGAACUGGAGGCUUUGUGGACAAGGACGGCACUGCCUGCACCAACACUGGCGGAUCUCUUCUCCUGGCUAGCCACGGACAGGUCUACGGACCUGGUGGACAGGGUGUCGUCAAUGACAAUGACCUUGGGCUCGUGAUGUACUAUCACUAUUACCCGCUUGCCACCAAGGAAGCCGGUGGUAAGGGUAAUGCGGGCUACAUGUACUCCUGGAAUGAGCUUGGCUGGGAGAACGGCUGGCCCUACGUCAAGGCCACUUAA